AUGGAAAAAGUUAAAAUCAUUCAGAAAAGGCUGAAAGCUACUCAGAGUCGCCAGAAAUCUUAUGCGGACAUUCGUCGAAGAAAAUUGGAAUUCCAAGUAGAUGAUUGGGUGUUCUUGAGGGUAUCUCCUAUGAAGGGAGUCAUGCAAUUUGGGAAGAAAGGGAAGUUGAGUCCUAGAUAUGUCGGGCUGUAUCGGAAAGUGGUUGGAGACCCAUCCACCAUCGUGCCAAUCAAGGCUAUCGAGGUCAAUGGAGAGUUAUCAUAUGAAGAAAUUCCGGUCGCUAUUCUUGAUAGGCAAGUCCCCAAACUGAGAAACAAGGAAGUUGCUUUAGUUAAAGUGCUAUGGCAAAGUCAACAAGUCGAGGAAGCCACGUGUGAAGCGGAAAGUGAAAAGGAAGAAAAAUAUCCCCAUCUGUUUGAACAAGUCUAG